AGAGGCCCAGUUCACACCCAGCAAUAAACACCAACAACCAAAAGAAAACUAAACUUCUCCAAAGACGACAUCGUAAAGUCAAGACCAGUUUUGGUAAAUUUGUCAAUCCAUACACUAACCGAUUCAAUAACGGGAUCCCUACGUAUUCCCARGAAAGGAUUCAAGAACGAGCUCGAAGGAAAGAGAUGGAGAAAGAAGAGAAAGACAAGAACAAUGACAUUCAGCAAGCGAAUGGAGGAGAAACGUCUUGUGGUACAGACUCAGUUAUCGCGUUUACAGACAACACAGAGCUGAACUUCGUCACAGCUCAGCGUCGUGUGACAUACUGCAUGAUAAAUCGACAAAAACCAACCUCUUACGUACGUUCCGUCUCUCAUCCCAACAUGACAGUCCUUCCAAGUAACUCAACGGACAUCGAGUCGUUUAGAAUGGACCACUUAGACGGCGGUGGUUACGGAUUUUCCGUCAAAUUCCCAGCAAAAAGUGAUCGCGAUCGAUURGAAAAGCGAGAGAUGAAGAGGCAUGGUAGACCAGCAUCACUUCAAAGCUUUGAGGAAGCUAGAAGCGUGAAUGGCUCCCCUUCCUUUAUUGAAGUCGAUCCAUACGAUAUCGAUCCGUUUACGGACGUUACCGCUGAGAGACGCACGAGAUACGUAACAAAGUMUACSGAACGUAAAMGAGAUAUGGUUCCGUAUAACGAAUACGCAAGAAAUGCUSAACGGAGCAGAACUMAGGACUUAGAAACAAUGCUACGUUUAGUGAAUGGCCAUAAAGGUUUUGAAGGGGACUUGCUGGCCGAGUUUGAUAAGUUGAAUGUACGGAAAAGACAUCAGCAGAAGCGCGCUGUACGUACGAAAUCCAGCGACGAACCGUCAAUUAACAACCGAUCUACCGUAGACCUUAGAACGCCUUURUUCCCGUCAUGYAAAGACAACGAUUAUGAGGAAAAGUGGCUUAGCGAACAGGAAAGUCCUKGUCCAAGGUUUGAACCCUCGCAUUCGAUACCUUCRUAUUCUGCUAUUGGUUAUGCAAGUCCAACUACAAGCAGAAAAAAUAUCUWUAGAUAACAAAUUUAGUUUCUUCAAAUUGAAUUCUGAAAGAUAUAAAUUAUAUAUUAUAUUUUUAUAUAACUCAUAAAGACAAAAAAUGAUGAAAAAUUUAAUGUGGGUGUUUGUUUUUUGUUUUUUUUCAAUUUGCAAAAAGUUCUUUUUUUUUGUAAGUUUAUUUCUAUAACCUUGCUAUCAUGCAAUUCCAACAUUGACAAUUCCAAGAAUUGCCAACCAAUUUUCAAGGAUCAAUAUUGUUUGUUGUCCUUACUGUAAAACUGUCCUCAAAGAAUUCAGUUUAUGUACAAGACUUAUCUGGUAUCACUUCUGCAGAUAUAUGUGGUACUAAACACAAUAUUCUCUUUGCCGUCAUGUCCAACCAAGGAAAAUAUGACUUGCAAUCAUUGCAAGCUUGCUAUAURAAUUAAUGCAAAUACUUAUUUAAGUGAAAACAACACUAUCUUACAAAAUACAAUAUAUAUUUUCUAAUAUUUACAGAAAUAAAAACUAUGCAUUUUUA